CCUAGUCCCCCGUGGCGGGCCGGGCAGACUAGCAGGCGGACAGGCCGGCGGGCGCGAGGCGAGCGUGCGGGCGGGGCCCGCGGCCGGAGCUGCCACCAUGAUCGCUUUGUUCAACAAGCUGCUGGACUGGUUCAAGGCCCUGUUCUGGAAGGAGGAGAUGGAGCUCACGCUCGUGGGGCUGCAAUACUCGGGCAAGACCACCUUCGUCAACGUGAUCGCGUCAGGACAGUUCAAUGAAGACAUGAUCCCAACCGUAGGCUUCAACAUGCGCAAAAUCACCAAAGGGAACGUGACUAUCAAGCUCUGGGACAUUGGAGGCCAGCCCCGCUUCAGAAGCAUGUGGGAGAGAUACUGCCGCGGUGUGAGCGCCAUUGUGUAUAUGGUGGAUGCUGCUGACCAGGAGAAGAUCGAGGCUUCCAAAAAUGAACUACACAAUCUACUGGACAAGCCCCAGCUGCAGGGAAUCCCGGUCCUAGUCCUGGGAAAUAAGCGAGACCUCCCUGGUGCUCUGGAUGAGAAGGAACUGAUUGAAAAAAUGAAUUUGUCUGCUAUCCAGGACCGAGAGAUCUGCUGCUAUUCGAUCUCCUGCAAAGAAAAGGAUAACAUCGACAUCACCCUACAGUGGCUUAUCCAACAUUCAAAGUCACGGAGAAGCUGAGACAGCGGUCCAUCCCUCCCCCCUGGACCAGGGACCACCAUCGUCCAACCCUAAAGCCGCAUUCCCCGCCGGUCCCUACUGGCCCCCUUCCUCCUGCCCCUCCUCAGUGUCUGCGGCAGGGGGGACUCUUGAGGGACCCAGAGUCCUGUUCUGCUGAGGUCUGAACUCCUGUUUUUAUUGUAAAGAAUACUGGUCCCAUCUGGACCCGCUAACUUCUCCCCCUCUCCUCUGCCCCGUGCUUCCUUCCCCUACUCCCCACAUCCAUUUCCUUGACCUUGCACCCCAUACCAUCCCCGCUCUGCCCUUCCCCACACUGUUCAGUUACUGUCCUGUGUGUACAGUAUAUAUAUGUAUAUAUAUUUUAAUUUUUUAAUUUAAGCAAUGACUAAAAUCAACCAUAUGACGAUGCCAGAGCCAACUGGGGAUUAGGAGAGGGCCAGAAUCUUUUGGGAGGAAGAAAAACUCUAGGGGAGGGGGAGGGAAGAGGCUGAUGUCCUGGGGCUGGACCCUGGCCCUGGCACUGGUGGCCAUCCUGCUCCCGACCUUGUGGGAUCCCCCCAACUCCUUCCCUCUGGGUGAGGAGGGACUGACAGGCACACACCAGUUGCCAAAGACCAUCUAUCUGGCAAAGGGGACAAGAUGCCAGCUUUUUCCUUCAAGCUUCCUCCCCCAUUCCCUGUCCUGCCUGGCCCUGGCUCCCCCCCCCAGAAGGGGCAGCCUGGCCAGCCCCCAGCGGCCUGUGCUCCUGCCCCCUGCCCCUUCUCCUCCCUGGGCCUCCCCAGCUCUCCCCCAUCUCCCUUUCUGUUCUGAUUUUGCAGACUUGCACAAGGAGAGAGCUCAGCAUGGGGGAUUUAGGUUCUUUGGGGUUUGUUUUGUUUUUAUUUAAUGAAUUGUAAAGUGGCAUUUAUCUUCCCUUUUUUUACGACACUUUCUGGCUCAUAUUGGAUUCCUUCUGUUGGAAAAUGACUCUUGUAACUGUACAAUUUUUUUUUGGCCUCCUAAUAAUAAUAACAAAAAUAAAUUAACAAUUUUGUGUUG